AUGUCCUCCAGUGACUUUAAGGCCAGACCAAAUACUUCGUCAUUCAUGUUCAAGAAUACCGAGAUCUUUCAAACUCGAGAUGGGCAAAAUAGCGUCAAUUUCCGCACCCUUACAUGGCCGAUAGUCGCCGUCCUCUUUUUGAAGAUUCAGUUUUCUACAGGGGUUCUGUCUAUUCCCACGGCUAUGCAUACUCUGGGGGCAGUAGGCGGCAGCUUGAGCAUCAUAAGCUGGUGCGCCUGGACCCAGUACACUGCCAUUAUCAUGGGAGACUUCCGGGCCAAACAUGGGGGUUGUCACAGUAUUGCAGACCUGGCGGAAGUUGUUGGCGGUCGGAUUCUCAAGGAGGCCAUUGGAUUGCUGUUCAUCUUCGCCAAUGUGCUUUGCGCUGGCUCAGCAAUAAUUGCUACGUCAACCGCUCUGAAUGCUUUAUCACUUCACGCGGCAUGCACAGUGUGGUGGGCGCUGAUUGCAGCGACCCUCAUCGCGUUCUGCGCCUCCAUUCGAAAGCUGGAGAACUUGACCUUUCUCACAUGGGCCGGUUUUGCGUCAGUCUUCAGCGCAGUGCUUAUCGUCGUGAUCGCUGUUACUAUUCCGGAUCGCCCGGCGGCCGCGCCCCAGAGAGGCCCAUUCGAACUGGGAUUCCACGCUUUUCCGGUUCCAGCACCUAGCUUCGCUGAAGGGAUGGUCGCCUCGUGCACUAUUUUCGUCUCCAGCUCCAACACUGGAGCCUUUAUUCCAGUCAUUUCUGAGAUGAAAAGCCCCAAGGAUUACAACAAGGCCGUGUACACAUCAAUGACCACCCUUACCGUGCUGUACUUUGUCUUUGGCCUUGUCGUCUAUCGUUACUGUGGGCAAUGGGUAGCAAGCCCGUCUCUAGGUUCUGCAGGACAAACGAUCAAAAUGAUUUCCUACGGAGUCGGUCUGCUUGGUCUGAUUGUUACCGGCUGUCUCUACACCCACAUUGGUGCAAAAUACGCGUUUGUGCGCAUUCUACGCAACUCGAGGCACCUGCAGGACAACACAAUAAUCCAUUGGACCACUUGGCUAGGCUGCACGUUUAGCAUCGUAGCCGUUGGCUUUGUUCUAGCUGAGGCCAUUCCAAUCUUCAAUUAUCUCCUAGCUCUUCUAGGGGCCAUUGUGUUCGGGCCGGUCGCGAUUAUUUUUCCGGCUUAUCUAUGGCUAUACGAUCACGGCCAUUACCGGUGCAAUUCUUUACGGAAAAAGGUCAUCUACGCGUUCCACGCCUUCUUUAUACCCUUUGGACUCUUCAUCACCGUAGCGGGGACUUACGCCGUAUGCUUGCAGAUCAAAGACGCGUAUGCAACUGGCCAAAUAAGCUCUGUGUUCUCUUGCGCCGACAACUCUAACUCAACUUGA